ACCUGUGUCUGCUAUUCUGUGAUGUUUGUGUCCCCGCCCAGGACAGGUUAGUCCACAUCUGAGUCCUGCUGUCAUAUUGCAACAGAGCGUCCUCAGUAUCGUGAAUCUUCUCCCAGCAUGAGCGACUUGACCCAGCUGUCCCACAGACACAACAAUGACUUGGGGAACACGGCGCCCCAACUCACCUGGAUGGACAACGGCGUCGUACCGGAAUGGUUUCAUGGGGGAAUCACCAGAAAGUCUGCAGAGGACCUCCUGACGUCCAAGCUGCCAGGUUGCUUCCUGGUCCGAGUCAGCGAGAGCAGAGUCGGUUACACACUUUCUUAUCGGGCGCAGAAACGCUGCAGACAUUUCAUGAUCGAGACCAAAGGCGACUCCUUCGCCAUCGUGGGCGAGCACAGGAGUCACCCCGGUCUACAGCAGCUGGUGGACUUUCACAGGAAGGUUCCCAUCGCGCCAUACACAGAGGUGCUGAUGACCUCUUGUGGACAGACCUGGAGUGGUGGAAACAUUGAGAAGAAUUUAGAUAAUUGUAAGCAGAUCCCUCAAGCAGCAGAAGAGGUCAACCCUCCUCAAGAUGAAGUGAGAAGCCAAACACUUCCAGUCAAGCCUGUGCCAAAAAGCAGGAAGAGAUACACCACCGACAAGAAGCCCCCUCCCGAGACCACGCACACACCUGCGGACGCAGCACCUGCACCGCCCUGUGAGAAACCCCCGGCAGGGCUUCCAAGGAAGAGGUGGACCCAAAGGAGACAUUUUUUCUGCUUGAAGGGAGACCCUGGUGUGGAGGGGAUGGCUGGUGAGAAAGGUGAAAAGGGUAUGUCUGGAGAAUCUGGCCCUAAAGGACAGGUGAGUUGUUUGUUGUUUGUUUGUGACAGGGUAUGUCUGGAGAAUCUGGCCCUAAAGGACAGCACAGAGUGAGGGAAGACCUUGGACAUAACGGUCCAACUGGAGACUGGGAAGCCAGGUGAUCUAGGACCCCUUGGACUGCCUGGUCCUUGGGGGUUGAACGGCAUGAGAGGAGUGCCUGGCAUGCCGAGUAUUGAGGGUCCACCGGGACAAGAUACAUCUGAGCAGCAUGUUAUUGAUGUGGGGCUAAGAAUGUUGCAAGAGAGGCUGGCAGCAGUAGCAGUGAGCACUAAAAGGGCUGUGCCAUGGGACCCCCCCCAGCUCUCCUGGACCUCCGGGAUCAACGCUUCCACAAGGACCACAUGGUUUGCCUGGUUCUUGAGGAAUUCCUGGGAUGAUAAGAGCGGACGGACAGAUCGGAAACACAGGUCUUAAAGGCCCCCCGGAUGUCUGGUGCCCAAUUUGGAGAUCCACAGGAGCUCUGCCCUGUGACGUUGGGCGAGGCUCCAUUUAGGAUCCGUCUCUGCGACAGUCACCCGGACGGAAGACCAUCCGUGCAGGAGGAAAUGCUGAACCAGAUUUUGAAGGGCCUCAACUUCUUCCCGUGUCAAAUUGGGAGCGACCGCAGGUGCGCAGCCCGAACCGGACACGGAAAGCCCAUCGGACCGGACCAUAGCCUGGAAUUCCGGAGGCAUAAGUCCAGUGUCCCGGGGAACAAAUGUGACCAAUCGGGGGACUCCUGAGGAAGCAUCUCCCCAGGGAGCGUCUUCCGCAAAAGGUAUGAAGCUGGAGCGGGGAUGAGACGGGGGUAGCGGCGGCCACAGGAGAGAUGCUUGGGGACAGCAUCGAAGCAAGAUCCUGUCCCUGUUCCUGGUCCUGAAGAUCAAUGAGGAGGGGCGAAUGAAGCGUGGGCCCCAUUGGUGAUCCCAGAGGAAGUAGCCUGCGGCGUGCAGGAAUGGGCCGGGUCGGGAGAUCCUCACCGAUGCUGUCUUCGGCGGGUCUGCUGUCCGGAGCUCGGCGCGUGGUCAUCCUCUGCUCCUUGGGAGGUUCCGCCACUGCAGGAGUCGGCGGCCGGCGAGGAAGGAAGAUGGGGGCCAUCCGGAUUGGAGGGAUUGCUGGACGGUCCGCCUCGGGAGACCAAUCUGGGGCGACAGCGUCGGUGCUGGUAGCCACCGAAGCCCGAGUGACUAUCUGAGCUGGGGGGCUUCUUGCCCGUGCCAAGUCAGGAGCCCCAACUGGGCCCAUAGGGUCAGUGAGGGUACCCACCGAUACCAGGGUGGUAGUCUGGACCGGUAUAGACCGGGCCGGGUGUACCACCUCCGGUGCCGGGGUGGCAGCCUGGACUGGUAAGGGCUGGGCCGGGCGUGCCCCCCCAGCGUUGACAGAGGGGUCGGCAAAGGCUGCGACAAUGAGGGCCUCGGCCUGCUUGAGGGUGUCCCCCAACAAUCUUUUCCCCAAGUGUUUUUUUGCCCAUGUAACAGCCAGCUCAAAAGCGGGUCUCCAACUCUCGUGAAUAAAACUGGUUAUCUUGCCCAA